AUGCUGCAGCCACCCUGCACGCUCACCGUCCCGGCGUCCCGCGGCGCGCUCCACGCCGCCGUGGAGCGCGUGGCGUCGCAGCUCUCCUCCGCUGCCUCUGCGGCGGACGUGGUCGUCUGCCUCAAGGGCGGCGGCCUGCGCGCACCCCGCGCCACCGCCCGCACCGAAGCGUGGAACCUCUCGACCACCGCCGAGGGAUACUCUGCGCGCGGGGUGGUGCCGGGCCUCGAGUGGGCCGCGGCGGAGCUGCGUUGGCCGUCGCAGGUGCAGAACUGGAUCGAGCCGCGCUGCGCGGUCGAUCGCGUCGCUGGGAGGCGCGUCAUCGUCUCGCGGCCUUGCUGGGCUGCGCUCACUGCGCGCAAGGGCGGGCCGCCGCCCGCGCCUCUCCUCGUCGAGAACCUGCUCCGCCCGCCGCCCGCCGGCAAGCUGCAGCGAGGCCAGUUCGCGUGCAGCGACCGCCACGUCUUUUACCGCCCGCGCGAGCCGUACGGAGGGCCUCCCCGCGACGCGUGGGCGCCGCUGCACGAGGCGAUCCUCCAGGCCGAGGGGCUUGCGAACCACUCCUUCCAGCGGCUGGCCUUCUCGCACGCGACGUGGCGGCAGCCCUCGACACCAGAGGGGUACGUCCCGACGCAGAGCCUCGUCACGCCGCUCGGAGAGCCUCCCGGCGCCGUCUCACUCGGACGCGCGCGCGGCGUGGCGGUCGACGGCUGCUCCUUCGCCAACUUGGGCAGCGCGUACGCCCUGUCGGUCGGAGGCGCGAGCCAGCAGGUGUCCGUGGUGGGGAGCAGCUUCACGUCGCUCGCGGGAGGGGCGGUCAAGCUGGGGAACGUCGACGACGAGCGGGCCCUCGCGACCAGCCCGGAGCGGAUGGACUCUGCGUUUCGGGUCGUGGACAACACCAUCAGGUUAGCCGCGCUCGAGCUGCGCGGUGCCGCCGCCAUCUUCGCGGGGUACGUCCGCGACACGACCAUCUCGCACAACAGCGUCGCCGAGACGGGGUACACCGCCAUCUCGCUCGGCUGGGGGUGGGGCACGCACGUGCUUGGCCGCCAGACCUUCAUGCGGAACAACCACGUGGUCUCCAACCGGAUGGAGCGUGUGGUGUCGGCUCUGAACGACGGCGGGUGCAUCUACACGCUCGGCCCUCAGCCAAACUCGACCGUGUCGCUCAACUACUGCGAGGCCGACCGCGCACCCGUGGUGGCCGUGUCGCUCGUCUGGUGCCGCGGCGAGGCGCCGCUGCGCAACAACUGCGCACCGGCCGAGGCCAACUGCUCGCUGGCCUACCCCGGCCUCGCCGCGGACUGCCACUGCGCCGUCGACAAGGCGACAGUGGUGAGCGUGCCAGCGCACGAGGCGUGGCCAGCCGAGGCGCAGGCGGUCGUCGACGCGGCGGGCGCGAGGGGCAGAGGAGUAGGCCUGGGAGGACUUGGAAAGACGCGCGUGGGACUUGCCCAGUAUGAUUUUUUUUUGGCGUGACACAACUAUCUU